AACUCCAAACUAGUCAAACAGCAACUGAAAUUAAUUUGACUAAACUAAAAUACGAAAACAACCAUGUGCUCUAGUCUUAUUAAAUUCUCCGAUCUCUCAGUCUACACUCAAACUCAAAAUGGAAGAUCAGAGACAAACUCAUUUUGUGUUAGUACACGGCGCCGGCCACGGAGCUUGGUGCUGGUACAAGGUAGCUUCACUACUAAAAUCAGCAGAUUACAAAGUUACAGCUCUGGACAUGGCAGCUUCUGGAGUAAACCCUAAGCAAGUGAGCGAUCUUCGUUCUUUUUCCGACUAUUAUGAGCCGUUGAUCGAAUUUAUGGCGUCGGUUUCAUCGGAAGAGAAGGUGAUUCUAGUCGGACAUAGCUUGGGUGGAUUUAGCAUUUCGGCUGCCAUGGAAAAGUUUCCUGAGAAAGUUUCUGUAGGUGUUUUUGUAGCGGCGGUUAUGCCGGGGCCUGAUCUUGGUUCUGUCACUCUAAGAGAAGAGUUUGAUAAACAAGUGGAUUCUUAUAUGGACACACAAAUUAUUUUCGAUAAUGGACCAAACAAUGCUCCGACCGCUUUUUUAUAUGGACCCGAAUUUCUGGCAACCAAAUUGUACGAUCUUUCUCCAGCUGAGGAAGUAACUCUAGCUACAUUAUUAUCGAGACCUAUGCCUUUUUAUACUCCAAGUGAUCAACACAUUGUGAUUACAGAAGAGAAAUUUGGAUCAGUUCCGCGAGUUUACGUUGUGUGCGACAAAGAUAAUAUAUUGAAGGAGAAUUUUCAAAGGUGGAUGAUUGAGCAGAAUCCGCCUAAUGACGUCGAGCUGAUCGCUGGUUCCGAUCACAUGGUUAAUGUUUGUAUGCCACAAGAAUUUUGCAAAUGCCUCCAAAAAAUUGCCAAUAAGUACUUCUGAAUUUAUUUUGUACCCAUACAAAAUUGUUCUUGCUCUUUCCUUCAUGAGAUUGCUUAAAUUUAUUUGAUCUCCAUUAUAUUUAUAGUUUCUUUAAAUGUAAAAAGUUUGAGUUUGAGUUCGGAAAACAUUAUAAUUUAGGGCUAUAUUUAUAUUUGUCUGUAACAGUAAGGCUGUUCGAAUAUGAAAUUGUCAUUUCGAAUUAUAGUGUUGUUUUCAUUAGGCUGAGUUUGUCAAAAUAAAUUAUUUUAUUUUUCUAUUUAAAAUUAGCAGUUGAGAAA